AUCGGUUUUAACAAGGUAGUGUUUUUCAGAGGCCCCCACUCUGCUGUGUCUCUGCACUGCUGAAACAAUGGCCUACAUCGCAAAGACCUUCUAUGACCUGCAUGCUACCAAGCUGGAUGGGGACAGCGUGGAUUUCAACAUCUUUCGGGGGAGAGUUGUCCUCAUUGAGAACGUGGCUUCUCUCUGAGGGACAACCACGAGGGACUACACCCAACUAAAUGAGCUGCAGAGCAAGUAUCCUCAUCGGCUCACUGUGCUGGGGUUCCCCUGUAACCAGUUUGGAUACCAGGAAAACUGUCAGAAUGAAGAAAUCCUGAAUUCACUGCAGUAUGUGCGCCCGGGGGGGGGUUUCCAACCCAAUUUUACCAUGUUUCAGAAAUGUGUGGUAAACGGAAAGGAUACUCACCCGGUCUUUGCUUACCUGAAAGACAAGCUGCCUUACCCAGAUGACGACCCCACCUCCUACAUCCAAGACCCCAGGUUCAUUAUCUGGAGCCCCGUGAACAGAUCCGACAUCGCCUGGAAUUUCGAGAAGUUUCUGAUUGGUCCUGAGGGAGAGCCAUUCAAACGCUACAGUAAAAAGUUUAAAACAAUUGACAUAGAACCGGACAUCCAGAGACUCCUAAAACUAACCAAAUAGAAAUAACUUGAAGAUUCCUCUACUUCGUCAUUGUCCUUAUUUCUCUAAUAUAUAAUACAGUGCCUGAUGUUUUGAAGUUGACUAACAGAUUCUCCAUACUUCUGAGCGUUACUGAAUGACAGUAUUCUUCUAAAAUGUACAGGACUAAUGCUUGAAUAACUGUAAGGGUUCAGAGGUUAUGGAUUUUGCAGUUGGCAACAAUUUUGUA